CGCUGCCAGCAGCCCCCUCGGAGCGUGUGGGGAGCAGCCCGGCGCCCCGGGCCACCCGGGCAUGAGCCGCGGGGCUUAGGUGGGCAGCGCGCCCCUGCUCAGCUCGGGGAUGGAUUUCCGGGCUGCCACUUUAAACUGCUGCUGCUUUGCCCUCGUCCUCCCCGUUAGCCAAGGUGUUGCUUGUAAACCUGGCUGCCACCCAGUGAAUGGAUUUUGUGAAGUUCCCAGUGAAUGCAGGUGUCAACCUGGGUGGCAAGGAGCUCUCUGUAAUCAGUGUGUUCCUUUUCCUGGUUGUGUGCAUGGCAGCUGUGCCAAACCAUGGCAGUGUGUCUGUGAAGAAGGAUGGGUUGGCAGCCUUUGUGAUAUAGAUAUUCAUCCAUGUUCUUCAAAACCCUGCACCAAUAAUGCAACAUGCAUAGAGACUGGAGAUGGUGGAUAUAUUUGUUUGUGCGCCAAAGGAUUUACAGGAAAAAACUGCCAUCUGAAAAAAGGGCCCUGCAUUAUUAAUGGCUCUCCCUGUCAGAAUGGGGGAACAUGUGUUGAUGAUAAUGGAUUUUCAGCUCAUGCCUCCUGUUUGUGCCUUCCAAGUUUUUCUGGCAAUUUUUGUGAAAUAGAUAUAGAUGACUGUGAACCCAACCCAUGUGACAAUGGAGGAACAUGCACGGAUAUUGGUAGAGGCUUCAACUGCCAUUGCCCUAUUGGCUAUAUGGGCCAGUCCUGCAACAGCCAUGUCCUAUUCUGUGCUAGCAGCCCAUGUGAGAAUGGAGGAACAUGUCAUGAGCAUCCUGGAGGAAGAUUUGAAUGUCUUUGUAAGCCAGAAUUUGUUGGUGUGACCUGUACCUAUCCCAGCAGAAACACAAGUCUCCAUGGCAUGAAUACAGAGGCCAAAACUGGGCAGAGGUAUAAUCUACCCCCAAAUGCUCAUCCCAAGUCAGCUCAUCACCAAGAACAUAAAGUCUUGAAAAUAACAAUGAAAGAAACAAUCCAAAACACAGAGCCCUUGCUUAAUAAAAGUCAAUUGAUAUGCUUCAUUGUUCUGGGCUUGCUUACAUGUCUUGUUGUGUUGGGUACAACUGCAAUUGUAUUUUUCUCCAAAUGUGAAAUAUGGCUUGCUAAUGCCAAAUAUAGCCAUCUCCUACGCAAGAAGAAGAAUUGUUUUCUUCAAUCUAACAAUGGGGAAAACCUUUCAGUUAACAUAAUUUUCCCAGAGAAGAUCAAACUUACUAACUACACUAAGAACUAUACUGACAUUUAGACUCCUUGAAAGCCUUGCAGCAACUUGCAGAGUUUUGUAGCAAUAUGUAAAGUUUAUUGAAUGUGUUACCUGUUCCUGGCUUUAAUGUUUGUGGAUACAUUUGCUGCCAUUUGUGAUGGGAAGUACAGAAAAAUAUGUUGUAUCUCAGUUGCCCGGUGAAUUUCUCAUUCCCCAAAUAAAACUUUAAUAUAAUCAGA